AUGACUUUUGUGUUGUAUCCCAGCUGUAGUUACCUCAGAGGAGAGAUCCAGGAGAGACACCGGUGUGUGCUGCAGAAAGUGCCUGAAGCCGACGCUAACAAGCUAUCGCAGAACAUGGAUCCUGAUCGGCAGAAACGAAGAGAAGAAAUCCAGAAGGCGAUGAGCUUCAUACAGUCCUCGUUACCUUUCCCUGAACCAGAAAACUACGAGGCGUUCCUGACCCAGCUGGUCUGUAAUUUACUGGACGAGGGAAACGCGUGCUUUCGUGACGGGGACUGUCGCCAGGCCUCGCAGCAGUACGGGGAGGGCAUCAGUGUGUCCCGCUAUGCCCACACUGAGGCACUGAUCAUCCCCCAUGAACUCCUGGAGGGGCUGUAUGUGAACAGAGCAGCAGCCUUUUACCAAACCAGGGAGUUUGAGCGCGGUGUUCAGGACUGCGACAGUGCUCUGUGUGUGUCUGAUGGAAGCCGCAGGGCUCUGUACCGGAAGGCCCUCUGUCUGCGAGAGUUAGGACAAUUGAGAGACGCCUAUGAAUGUGGAACCAAAUGUCUUCUCACUGCUCCACAUGACAGACAAGUAAGUGACUUGGCCCAGGAUUUAGCGACUAAAUUGGGAUUGAAAGGACGUAAAGCGUAUGUUAGUCCUCAAACAGAGUCUACUCCAUCAGAUGGAGAUGCGUCUCAGCCCACGGGAGAGAUGUCAGCGAAUGGUCUUGAAUCUCUGGGAGAUAUUGGAUCAGCAGACCUGUCCAGUGCACAGUGCAUCCCCGCACCUUUAGCCACUCCUAUCCCAGUCAGCGACGAGCCGGGCCCUGUGGUCACCUGCACCGAGCUGUCAGAGAGCAACAGUCAGAGUCUGGCGCCCAUGCAGUACUCUGUGCCUGUGUCCGAGCACACGGACGAGUGCAGCAACAGCAUCACUGAGAAGCUGGACGGCCUUUUGGACUGUAUGCCCAAGAAAGUCAGUGAGAAUCCUGUCCAAGGUGCAAUUCCUACCAACCUUCCCAACACCGCAGUGGGCCUCCGUCCUCCGUACUCCCCCGGCCUCUCCUCGCCCUCGCAGCAGCUGCCCUCCGCCUUUUUCGGCUCCUCCAUCAGCGACGUGCAGCCGCUGGAGCCUUACUCGCCUCUGGGACAGAGAGACCAGAGCUCAGCCCAGGUGCAGGACGCUUUGGGUCCUUUCUCCACCACUGCCACGGAUGGAGAAGGCAAUAAUGUUGGUUUGGAUUCGCUCUCUGAAUACACUCUCCCUGGAGGACGAGUGUGUCCAAGCUUUAUUCACGGCCUACGAAACCACAGCUCUGCACAUGCUAAUGGAGGAGGAACCAACCUGUCCCUUCUCUCCAGAAAUCCUCUGGCCGCCACACACGAGUUCCGACAAGCCUGCCACGCGUGUUACAGUCGAAUAGGACCACGUGUGAUGGACUACAAAUAUCAGCCUGAGGCCGCGCACCGCUGUAAGAGGGACGUGCUGCUGUGUCGCCUCCGGAACGCAGAGGACCCCAUGUGGAAGCGGAUCCGACCUCGACCUGCACGCAACAACUUCCUCGGUGCAUUCGUUCUUUGUAAAGAGGUGCAGGAGCGACAGGAGUGCCAGUACGGGGAGAACUGCACCUUCGCCUACUGUCAGGAGGAGAUCGAUGUGUGGACGCAGGAGAGGAAGGGCGCGCUGAGCAGAGAGCUUCUGUUCGACCCUCUGGGCAGCACCGAGCGGCGGGCCCUCAGUGUGACCCGCCUCCUGCAGCUGCACAUGGGCAUGUUCAUGUUCCUCUGUGAGGAAUGUUUCGACAGUAAGCCUCGCAUCAUCAGCAAACGCAGCAAAGAGAAUCUGUCCGUCUGCUCCAACCUCACCGCCCGACACCCCUUCGACGAUAACAAGUGCCUGGUGCACGUGGUGCGGUCGGCCAACGUGCGCUACAGCAAAGUGCGGCCGCUGCACCCGCUCUGCCAGUUCGACGUGUGCCGCCACGAGGUCCGCUACGGCUGCCAGAGGGAGGACUCCUGCUCCUUCGCUCACUCCGUCAUUGAGCUCAAGUGCUGGGUUCUUCAGCAAGACACCGGGAUCACUCACGAAGAGAUGGUCCAGGAGUCGAAGCGGCACUGGCAAAGGCUGGAGCAGAACGCGCAGAAGCAACAGAAGCCGAUGCAUUAUCACGCGAGCAGCAGUCUGCCCCCUGCUGGAGUGGGGGCCAUGGGCAGCUGCAGCGGGGGCCUGGAUGGUGUGGGCCCCGUCGGGAGCCUGGGGGGAGCCUCCAGGGGGCGCCCUCUCAACCUAAAGAUGAAGUUUGUUUGCGGCCAGUGCUGGAGAGAAGGCCAGGUCAACGAGCCGGACAAGAACCUCAAGUACUGCACCGCUAAAGCCCGGCACAGCUGGACCAAGGAGCGGCGGGUUUUGUUGGUGAAAUCCUUCGAGAAGAAAAAGUGGGUGGUGGUUCGGCCCCUGCCUUUUUCCCGCACGUAUCCGCAGCAGUACGACAUGUGUGUCCAUGUGAUGAAGCAGAAGAAGUGCCACUACAUUGGAAACUGCUCGUUCGCCCACAGUCUUGAAGAGCGUGACGUCUGGACCUACAUGAAGAACAACAACUUGCGAGACAUGCAGCAGAUGUAUGAACUCUGGCUCCAGCUGACCAAUCAGAGCCGCCGCACCGAGCCCUCCGCUGUGAGCCCGCCCCCAGAGGACAAACAGGUCACAAUAACGGCAGACUACAGCGAGGGCAUGGCCGGCAGGAGAAUGUCUGACGGGGACGACCUCUGA